AUGGACGAGCUUCUUUCAGACUUUCCUCGAUUGGACAUGGAAGACGGAGAGGCGGAGAGCUCCAGACCGACUGGGGGGGCCGGAGCUCCAGAAAUCAGAGACGAGCCAGCAGGACCCGCAGCAGACGGACUGACGCUGAUCAGCUGGAACGUGGACGGGCUUGAUGGAGAAGAGCAGCCGGCGCGGGCCAGAGGCCUCUGCUCGUAUCUGAGCUCAUACUCCCCAGACGUGGUGCUGCUUCAGGAGGUCGUCCAGCCGUACUUCCGCUUCAUACACAAGCGCCUGGCAGACACCUACACCUUCAUCAAGGGUGGGGAGACGGGCUACUUCACCGCCAUGCUGCUGAGGACGUCUGGACUCACGCUGCUGGACACCCAGAUCAUCCCCUUCCCCAACACUCGCAUGAUGAGGAACCUGCUCGUCGCUCAGGUGUUGUUCAGAGGGCAGAAACUCUGCCUGAUGACGUCCCACUUGGAGAGCUGCAAGGCCAGCGCCGGCGAGCGGAUGAGGCAGCUGCGACUGGUGAUGAGGAGGAUGAGCGAGGCCCCUGGGGACGUGACGGUGCUGUUCGGAGGAGACACCAACCUGAGGGACCCCGAGGUGAUCAAAGUGGGGAUUCCCAGCGGGGUCUGCGACGUGUGGGAGGUGCUGGGAGAACCCGAGAGCUGCCGCCACACCUGGGACACCUGGGCCAACACCAACAAGGACAUGCGCUUCAAGAGUCGCUUCCGCUUCGACCGGUUGUACCUGCGGCGGGCGGCCGAGGCCGAGGCCCCGCCGCUGGAGCCCCGCAGCAUGGCUCUGGAGCCCCGCAGCAUGGCUCUGGUCGGCCUGGAGAAGCUGCAGUGUGGCCGCUACACCAGCGACCACUGGGGGAUCCACUGCUCCUUCACCGCGUAGAAACCAGAACCACGAGAAGUGUCCUUGUAAAUGACCAUGUGCAGAAUGUUUCUAUAAAUGUGUUUUUAUGUUUACUCACUUACUUACACUUACUUGUUAACGUUCUUUAAAGCCAGGCUUUUAUUUUAUUUGUUAUAUAUUAAUGACUUAUGGUGGACUGGUUUAAAGGUUUAUGAUGGAC